AUGGUAGUGCAGAAGGCGGCCACGCCCACAGCGGCCAGCACGGCCAACUGCUUCAUGGAACAAUACCAGCAGUACGCCUCGCAUUGCGAGACAGCGGACAGCGGCCACGGCAGCGAUCUGGAGGGCAGUCCCCUCAGCAACCAGGAGGCAUACACGCUGACCGACAGUGAGGAGAGCGAGCCCUCCUCCCUGAGCAGCGACUCGCUGCACUCGACCUCCACGGAAUAUGUGCGUCAGGCGGCCUCUAAGCCCAGUGGCCAGUUCCGGCAGCGUCAGAAGUCGCUGCGCAUGCUCGACAGCCUCUUGCCCGAUUCGCUGCUGCGCGACAUUCGCGAUCGACGCAACGAGUAUGUGGUUAAGUACACGACGAAAGAGCAGACAGCGGAAUCUACAGCGACCUUGAGAGCGACCUCGACAGCGGCAGAAGCACAGGUCAAGGACAAGCCAACGGUAACGGAAGCUUCGCAGAAUUGUCGUCUCUCACGCGAAUCGCUGAGCGAGGAGAAAAUCGAAGAGUUGCGCGCUGCCGUCGAACGCGCCAAUUUCGUGCAAGCGGCCGAAACGACCACAGAUAGCCAGCCCCAAUCACUGCCUGCUCCCAAGAGCAACAACAACUACAAAUACGCGGAUGAUCAAUACUACAGCUUUCACAUCAACGAGCACGAGAAUUUCAGCAGCUUCGCAAGACACGACGUGGAUGGCGACGCCGAUCAUGCAACGGGGAGUGGCAGCUGCGGCCUCUUGGACCAGCACGACGUCUUUGCGGGCUACCGUGACAUUAGCUGCUCCAGCUCCAACCAGUCGACCAUCCGCUCGGCCAAGGGAACCGUGCGCGGAGUCAAGAAUCGUGUGCGCAAUGGAAUAGCCACAUUCUUGCAGCUGCAUCAGCAGCCAAAUGUCAAGUGUUACAAGGAGAAGGACCAGGGCAAGGUGGUGCUCUACACCACCAGCAUGGGCAUCAUCAGGGACACCUACACGAAAUGUGCCAAUGUUAAGCAGAUCUUGCGAACACUGCUCAUCAAGUUUGAGGAGCGGGACGUGUUCAUGAGCGUGGAGUAUCAGGCAGAGAUGCGACAACGCAUGCAGACGGCGCAGAUACGCGUGCCUCAGCUCUAUGUGGAGGGUCAGCACAUAGGCGAUGCCGAGACUGUGGAGCGGUUGAACGAGUCGGGGGAACUGCGACAACUACUGAAGCCCUACAAGUCGAUCUCGAGCACCUACACCUGCCAGACUUGCGGCGGCUAUCGCCUGCUGCCCUGCCCCUCGUGCAAUGGCUCCAAGAAGUCGGUGCAUCGGAAUCACUUUACUGCCGAGUUUGUGGCGCUCAAGUGCAUGAAUUGUGACGAGGUGGGGCUGGUCAAGUGUCACAACUGCUGAGGAGAAGGCAAGGCAAGAGCAGCGAAGGCAAUCCAUUUGCAGACGUGUCUCUCCAGCUCUUAAUUAUACGUGCAUUUUGUAGCUACUCUCCCAUUUUUUUUGUACGCUAAUUGUAAGACCCACUCUAAGCUUAGUCAACAAAAGAUAGAGAGAUAGAGAGAGAGAAGGUGAGAGAGUGAGAAAACAAUGACAACAAACAACAUCGUAGGCUUAAGUAGUAAAUAGUUUGAAAGGCUAAUGCGUUGAAAAGAACA